GUGUUCGCUUCGUCGAGAACGCCGAAGGCUAGAUUUAGCUUGCGAGUACAAGCUUACUUCUGUUUCGGCAUUGUUGUGAUAAUAGUCGAUGGAUCUGAACACAGUUUAACACAUGAAACUUCUUCGUCGAUUAUCGUUCGUUGCCGCCGGUGAAUGCAUGUAAAAUGCAAGUUAGAGACUGCAACAUGAAAGCAGUUCAAUGUGGAUUGCUUGUUUUUUUCUGCAUCCGAAACAAACUUGCUUUGUGGGCAUUUGCGGACUCUGGUUGCACCUCACCAAAUGUAACUUCAACCCACAAUGUGACACCUGCAGUAGUGGCGCAAUAUCCUUUUCGGAGAGAUUUGCUAACGGUGAGAGAAUGCAUCACCUACGACAACCUUGAAGCGGAAGAUGCUAUUUGUGCGCUGAUUCCCCACUCCGAUUACUGCAUAAUAAAUGAUGAAACCCCUCGCAGACUCAUGAUGCUGAACACGUACGUGGAGAUCGCAUGUCUCUACAAACCUCGUUCGUUAGUAAUUAAAACCAUCAAACGGGUGAGGGAGAUCAGUCCGCGGCGCGCAGUAGUGCUGGAUUUAUUUGAGUUCCCCCUUAAAGAGAAUUUGAUUACCGUUACUGUCGUUGAACCUAUCCGCAACCACACGAUAGGCUUGACCGUUACGGGAUGUUAUGCGCCGAAUACUACUUCCAGGAUACAUACACUGGGUACAAUUCCUAACCUCCACAGUUUAGCUAUUUAUAGCUGCCGACAUCUAGAUAUUCAGAAAUCCGAUUUCAGUCGUCUGCCGCAACUUCGCCAGAUUGUGUUCGAUUUAUCCAGCAUCGACACUUUGGAGCCCGACACCUUCACGGAUUUGCCCCACUUGCGCACCUUGGUCCUGGAGAAAAAUUUGAUCUUGGCAUUCUUUAGUCCAAAAAAUCGUAGCCAAGCCUACUAUUCUGUCGUAACUGGUUAUCUCGACUAUCUACAGAAACUGCACUGUGACUGCUCAUCUGCCUGGUUACGCAGUUUUCUGAAACAGAAAAGAUAUUUGAUCGAAGAAAAGGAACCCGGCGAAGUGUUCAGAAUCGGAAGCUAUUUCUCCGAAGCUGUCAAGCGGACUGGGAAUCGCACGGAUGUCUUCAGCGUGGAUUGUUCUAAAAACCUGACGUUGGAAAAUAUUUCGACUGGCAACGAGUUCUCGUACAAUGUAUCUUGUCCCGAUGAUUACCGCUAAUUCAAACUUAAAUUCCACGCUUUGCUUGGGCAGUCUAUACACUGAUGGAUUUUAAGUGCGCUACAUGCAAGCUCAUUACAGUACUCGUUAGUACGCGUGAUGCUUAUAAGGGGAGAUGAUCCGGCAUAUGGCUUAAUGAUCAUACGCAAACUGCUAAAUGUUUACUUGCAUGCUCUCUUACAGGCUUGUUUUGCACCGCUUUAAGCUUCGCCAUUUUUUUCUAUAUCAACGUGAGUUUCUCAAAAUCGAUUUAAAAUAAGACAGAAACCGUUUGUGCCCGUAAA